ACCCUCAAGCGCUGGUGGGCUUGAUAUUAAGGAUCUUCAAACACUUCAACAGAACCAAUCGAUCAAGCUUUGGUGGCGGGUAAAUCAUGAUACGGGUGUCUGGGCUAACACCAUGCGAGCCAUCUACAUGCGCAAGGGCACAAUCAAAGAGAAGCUCACUGAUUCCACGCCAUGGAAGAGAAUUUGCCGGGUUCACUCCUUCGCUAUCAGUCACGUUAUUGAUUCUGUGCAUCCCCCACUUUGGGAUGGGAAACCGUUCUCUUCCAAGAAUACCCUCCUUUCUCUCUAUGGCGUAUUACCUUCCCGACUUUCCUGCAAGUACAUUUGGCAUAAGGCCCAAACUCCUAAACUCCGAAUCUUCCAAUGGCUGCCUACCCUUCCCUGAUUUAACCAAGCGCUUCAGCUCCUGUCUCCCCAGCCAAUGUCCGCUAUGCAAGCAAGCAGAAGAUUCCAUAGAUCAUACUCUCGGAAAUUGCAGGUUUGGUUACCAGGUCUCGAAGUACUUUGGCAAUCUCAUCGAUGCUCCCAUGUCAGCUCCCAACCUCAAACUUAGCCAAAUUUUCAUCAGUUGGUGGUUCUCAGGUGAUACGUUCUCCUUCAAAGGGAUUCUACGAGUCAUUAUGCCCGGUGUCAUCGCUUGGCACCUCUGGAAGGCAAGGAACUUAGCAAUUCAUGAAGGCCAUAUCCACACCAAGGAGGGUAUCAUCCAACAGUGUUUUAAACAUAUUCAAGCAUGGUGCUGGGCUUCACGACGCAAAAAAUGGCUGAUCCAUGAUAACACCUUCAGGGGCUUCUAAACUCCAAAACCCUAGAAGCACUGCUCUGUGUGCUCUCUGCUUCCGCCUCCACUGCUCUUCCUCAUCGCCACAUCUGUUCUGCUCUCGGCAUCAAUUUCUCAAAAACCAUGUAUCGCUUCGCAGCAAAUCUUGCCUCUAAGGCUAGGGUCGCCAAGAACUGCACUCAACAGGUAAGUGGUAGGUUAAGUUGGAACAGAAACUAUGCUGCCAAAGAUAUUAGAUUUGGAGUCGAGGCUCGAGCCUUGAUGCUUCAGGGAGUAGAAGAGCUUGCCAAUGCUGUUAAGGUCACCAUGGGGCCAAAGGGGCGCAAUGUUGUGAUUGAACAAAGCUGGGGUGCACCAAAAGUAACAAAAGACGGUGUGACUGUUGCAAAAGGUGUAGAGUUUAGCCACAAAGUAAAAAAUGUUGGGGCGAGUCUUGUAAAACAAGUUGCUAAUGCUACCAAUGAUGUUGCCGGUGAUGGUACAACCUGUGCAACGGUUCUCACACAGGCCAUAUUUGCUGAAGGAUGCAAGUCAGUUGCAGCAGGUAUGAAUGCAAUGGAUCUGAGACGUGGUAUUUCAAUGGCUGUUGAUGCUGUUGUAACAAACCUCAAGAGCAGAGCACGCAUGAUUAGCACAUCUGAGGAAAUUGCUCAGGUAGGAACAAUCUCUGCGAAUGGGGAAAGAGAGAUUGGUGAGCUAAUUGCCAAGGCUAUGGAGAAAGUUGGAAAGGAAGGUGUCAUUACAAUUCAAGACGGGAAGACAUUAUUCAAUGAGCUAGAAGUUGUGGAGGGGAUGAAACUAGACAGGGGAUAUAUCUCUCCGUAUUUCAUUACAAACCAGAAGAAUCUGAAAUGUGAGUUGGAUGAUCCUCUUAUUCUUAUCCAUGAGAAGAAAAUAUCAAGCAUUAAUGCUAUUGUGAAAAUCCUAGAGUUGGCUUUGAAGAAGCAAAUACCACUGUUGAUUGUAGCUGAAGAUGUGGACAGUGAUGCACUUGCAACACUCAUCCUUAACAAACUUCGUGUUGGAAUCAAGGUAUGUGCCAUAAAAGCUCCUGGCUUUGGAGAAAAUAGGAAAUCAAAUCUUCAAGAUCUUGCCACUCUCACAGGAGGCCAAGUUAUAACCGAAGAGCUUGGGAUGAACAUUGAAAAUGUUGAUAUUGAACUGCUUGGAACAUGCAAAAAGGUCACAGUUUCAAAAGAUGACACAGUCGUUCUUGAUGGCGCAGGAGAGAAAAAGACUUGAGGAAAGAUGUGAACAGAUAAGGUCAGCAAUCGAGUUGAGCACAUCCGAUUAUGACAAGGAGAAGUUGCAAGAAAGAUUAGCUAAGCUCUCCGGUGGUGUGGCUGUUUUAAAAAUUGGAGGUGCAAGUGAAGCUGAGGUUGGGGAAAAGAAAGAUAGAGUUACCGACGCUUUAAAUGCCACAAAAGCAGCUGUGGAGGAGGGAAUUGUCCCAGGUGGUGGUGUUGCGCUUCUCUAUGCUUCGAAUGAAUUGGAAAAGUUACCCACUGCCAACUUUGACCAGAGGGUUGGUGUUCAGAUUAUCCAGCAUGCCCUCAAGACACCGGUGUAUACAAUUGCAGCAAAUGCCGGAGUAGAGGGUGCGGUUGUGGUUGGCAAGUUGCUUAAGCAAGAUAACCUUGAUCUCGGUUAUGAUGCAGCUAAAGGUGAAUAUGUGGAUAUGGUGAAGGCUGGGAUUAUUGACCCAUUGAAAGUGAUAAGAACGGCGUUGGUUGAUGCAGCCAGUGUUUCAUCCCUACUGACCACCACGGAAGCGGUGGUGGUUGAGCUUCCCAAGGAGGAGAAGGAUACUCCGGCCAUGGGCGGUGGCGGAAUGGGUGGCAUGGACUUUUGAUGAAAGACUGCAAUCCUCCACAAGACCAUAUUCUUCUUUUCAACUGUAGUCUAGCUUAGCAUACAUGUAACUUCAUCUCUCGAAUGAACAAUAAGAGAUAUAUGUCUGG